AUGGCUGACGCAGGAGGAGAUGAAGUCAAGAUCCCAUCGGCAGCCCCAGCUGUUAUGGACGUGCAAGCCGCCCUGAAAGCGGUUUUACGAUCUGCUAACUUCGCUGAUGGACUUGCCAAAGGUCUUCAUGAGGCAGCAAAGGCACUCGACAAGCGUGAGGCGCAUUUCUGUGUUCUCGCAGAGAACUGUGACGAGCCAAUGUAUGUCAAGCUGGUGGAAGCCCUAUGCAACGAGCACAACAUUCCGCUUAUCAAGGUUGCUGAUAAGAAGAUCAUUGGAGAAUGGUGCGGUCUGUGCAAGUACGACAAGGAGGGCAAGGCUCGCAAAGUUGUAGGAUGUUCCUGUGCUGUCGUCAAGGACUAUGGGAAUGAAGAGAUUGGGAAACAAGUUUUACAACAGUACUUCGACUCUAAGAAGUAA